UCUGCGACUGCGUUGUUCUAGUGUUCGGUUUACUGUAGCGUGUAUUAGCAAAUUAGUAGCAAUAAACGCUUCUGAAAUAACAGAAAGACAUGUUUUAUCACAUUUCUUUAGAACAUGAGAUUCUCCUUCACCCUCGCUACUUCGGCCCAAACCUGUUAAACACUGUCAAGCAGAAGCUGUUUACAGAGGUGGAAGGAACUUGCACUGGAAAAUAUGGCUUUGUCAUCGCAGUGACCACAAUUGACAACAUCGGGGCAGGUGUGAUCCAGCCAGGCAGGGGUUUUGUGUUGUACCCUGUCAAAUACAGAGCCAUUGUGUUCCGGCCGUUUAAAGGGGAGGUAGUGGAUGCGGUGGUUACUCAGGUUAACAAGGUUGGACUGUUCACAGAAAUCGGACCAAUGUCUUGCUUUAUUUCACGCCAUUCUAUACCCUCAGAAAUGGAAUUUGAUCCAAACUCGAAUCCUCCCUGCUACAAGACACUGGAUGAGGACAUCGUAAUUCAACAAGACGAUGAAAUCAGAUUGAAGAUUGUUGGUACUCGAGUGGACAAGAAUGAUAUUUUUGCCAUUGGCUCUCUGAUGGACGACUAUCUGGGUCUUGUUAGCUGAUGUGUCUCUCAGAGGAGUCCUCAUAUAUGCUUGUAUAUAGUAUUUCUCUGCACAAAUCUAGUGUAGAAUCUAGCACAUCUGCUACUCUUUUAUUGUUUGUUUUUUUCUCUAGACCUAAUUAGAUUUUUUUUGUUAGAACUUUAAACAAAAUGCAAACAGAGUUGUGUAAAGGGAAGUCAUUUACCAGCCUUCAGCUGGGACAUUUGCAGUCAUGGACAGAAUUUGAGCAAUCAGAUAAUUGGUCAGUCAAUGAUGCUUUUAGAUAAGUAUGUUUGGUGUCAACUUCUUACAAAGUGAAGCUUUUUGCUAUUGCUUUAGACAUCGCUGAUUAAAAGGUUCAUCAAGCAACACCAGUUAGCCUUUAACACUGCAGUUAGUUGUUUUUGCUGUACUAUAAAACUGAUUUGCCUACGUUUCGAUAACUAAUGUCCAGAUUUCUCGUUAUGCCAUGUCAGAAUUGUCCAAUGAUUUUGUACAUACUUUUAUAAAUAAGUCUUGUAAAAGAAA